AUGUCGCAGGGACAAUUGUCUGUUGUCUCUCCGACGCAAGGAGAGACACGGCAUCGCACAGCCGCCACCAAACAGCAUAACCAACUACCCGAUUCUCUUGAUGUCCUAUUUCUUCUACUAUUUCUUCUAUCCUCGCUUGUUGAUCAGCUAGUUACUUUGCGAGAAUUGCUCUGGAUCUACGAGAGUGGUGCAAACCCAGAUGCGGUCUGCCGCGCCUGGUGGAGACGUUUUAGAUAUUUUCCUCCCGUCCGCCGGAAGAGAAGAAAGACCCCGUUUCCUGUCUCAUCUUGCUGGUCAGCAGAAGCAGGACAGGCAUCAUGGGAUGAAAGGCGGUUGAACAGCUUUUGUGCGUGCGUCUAUGUGCUGGACAUCUGCUGGUUACUCGACCGCCAUUUUUGCUGGGAGGCGGCUUUGGCCAGCGGACCUGCAGCCAGUCGCGCCUUGUCUCCCAUCGGUGUCAAACGCAGAGGAGGCAACAUCUCCGAAGGGGGGAAACAAACAACCGACAAGCCUUCAACGGCCUGGUGGAAGAGCGAAGAAAGGGGAAAGGGACAAAAAAGAAAAGAAAAAGAAAAAAAAGAGAGAGAACAAGGUCCAUUCCCUUCCCCUUGCGAUAUAGACGGUUCACGAGUUUAG